AUGACAAUAUUGCACAGAAAAAAAAUGAUGAUGAACAAAAACAAUGAAAUUGUACAACCUGAUCAAAAACAAAUAGUUGAGUAUAAAUCACAAUAUUUGCAAAAUUUUGAUCCAAUCGACUUUCUAGGAGAAGGAGGUUUUGGGAUUGUAUUUGAGGCUAGAAAUAAAUUAAUGGACGAAAAUUAUGCUAUUAAAAGGGUAACUUUUCCAUCACGAGAUGAAUGUAAAGACCGUGUUAAGCGUGAAGUUAAAGCAUUAGCAAAGUUAGAACAUGCAAAUAUCGUAAAGUAUUUCAAUGCUUGGAUAGAAGAACCUCCUAGAGGUUGGCAAGAAGAACAGGAUAAAAUGUGGUCAAUGUGGAUGUCAAAAUCUGAGUAUGAUACAACAAGUGACUCUCAUAGUGAGAGAAAAGAAACUAUACAAUACUUGUACAUACAAAUGGAACUUUGUCAGAAAAAUAGUUUAAGUAAAUGGUUGCUUCAAACUAAAAAUAGGGAUAUAAAAGACAUUUUAAGGAUUUUUGGCCAAAUUACAAAAGGUGUUGAAUUUAUUCAUUCAAAAAGUCUCAUACAUAGAGAUUUAAAGCCUUCAAAUAUAUUUUUUUCAUUGGAUAACCAAAUCAAAAUAGGCGAUUUUGGUUUAGUUACAGAAAUGAUAAAUUCUGAUCCAGAGACUGAAUACGAUGAUAAUCAACAUACUGCUCAAGUGGGUACACAAUUAUAUAUGAGUCCAGAACAGAUACGUGGAGAAUCAUAUGAUUUUAAAGUAGAUAUAUAUUCCCUUGGCGUUAUACUUUUUGAGUUGCUCAAUUCUUUUACUACUGAUUCUGAAAGAAUCAAAACAUUACAGGAAUUAAAAGAAGGUAGAUUGCCUGAUCAUUUUUUUAAAACGUUUAAAGAAGCACCUGCAAUAGAUUUUAUGUACAAUAUGUUAUCGCCAAUUGCCAAAGUCCGUUUAAAUGCAUCAAGAAUUAUAGGUAUCCUUAUAAUGAAAUUUGGCCAGUUUGAAUUACACACCGGGCCUGGUAUGGUGAAUUUUAAUAAUUUAUUCGGAUGA